ACGGCGAUGGACGACAAGGUGAGGGGCAACGCGUCGCCCGUCGAAACUUCAAAACGGAGGGAGGGCGACGAAGCUGGGAGCGAGAGGAAGAAGGAGGAGGAAUUGGAGAGGGUAAGAUCGUUCCUACGAAGGAAGAUACAGCAGAGGAUGGAGUUGGAACGAUCGACGGUCGGCGUUCGGAAGAGGUACUCGUGUUACGGCGAGGCGGAGGAGCAGCGGGGUUAUCGCACUCGAAAGGUGCGGAGCGAGACGAGCGUGAUCAGGUUCGAUCGGGAAAUCGUGGAGAGGGAGAGGCAGAAAGGGAGGCAGAUGGAGAGAUGGUCGAGGGACAACAACGGGUCUCGUUGUUCCAGGGAUAAGUCCGGACAAAAAGCGUACGGACGUUCGAGGAGCGAGACGAUCCUCGAGGCGGCGGAAACGGGCGGCGGUCGACAACUGAGCUUCGAGACGAGGGAUUCGGCCGAGAAACGGAAGCCGUACCGGAAGACGAGGAGCGACGCGUUGGUGGGUGGCAGGAGCGCGGACUCGGAGCAGGAGGGGGAUCGUUGGAGAGGGGUGGCGAGGAGGAGGCAGGACACGACGGCGAUGGAGGAGACGUGGCGCGAGUACAAGGAGAGGAAGAAGAACGAGAGGUUGCGUCGCGACGCGGAGGGGAAGGNGGUGAAGGAAGAAGAGGAAACCGAUCUAUGCACUUUCCACGAUUGCAAGAUCUGUCAGAAUCUGAGGGAUUGCGUGGCGAAUCGUGCGCGGGGGGAGAAGCAGAUGAGAAAUCUCGAGCAUGGGAGGGGAGCAGGGGAUGAUCGCGACGAUUCCUCCGAGCUUCUGAUUUCUCUGAACGAUUCCGCGAACGAGGAAGGCCGAGCUGGUACCAGUCUUGGGGAGAACUGUCCGCUCGACGAGGUCGAUGCCUCCCCGACCAAGAAUCACGUACUCGUCAAGGUUCGAGGGAAGAAUCACUCGUUCAACGUGAAUUCGCCUGAUUGCGGUUACAAUACGAUUCCUAAGAAGACUUUUAACGAUUACAAGGAAUUGUACGCGAGAUCGAACGUGAAGAAGAGCGACACGUUCAAGAUCGUGGAUGGAAGCGAGGGGAUCGAGGAAGGUGUUGAGGAGGAGGAGGAGGAAGAGGAGGAGGAGGAGGGGGAGGUCGUUGGGGAUGGAUCGAUCGACAGUUUCGAUUAUUCGAACGGCGAGGGUGUGUUGACGAACAAGUCGAACGAGGAUAUCGCGAGGGAUUACUUUAAAAGGGUGUACGAGUUGCUGAAGAGACGGCAGAGGGAGGCGAGGAGGGUCGCGGAGAAGCAGGAAGUGGCGGGACGCGAUGAUUCGUCGUCGUCUAAUUACGCGGAGAAGGUGCAAAAGAGGAGACUGCGGCGAAAGAAAAAGGGCACGCAAGGCGAGGAAGUCGUAACCGUGCCUCCGGCGAGCGGAGGUCAGGACAGUUGGAAAGUGCAGAGGCUCUCGUUGGGCGGGGAAUCGGCGAGCAAUCGUCGUAAAGGCUGCCGUCCCCAAUUGCAGGCGGGGAGCAAGCGCGCGAGGCCGCCACCGCCGAUACCCGGCUUAUCCUGCAAGGCCAAUGCCAAGGACGUGGACGGAUACCCGGACCACUGGCCGAACAAGGAGAACACGCCCGGAAAUGCCGUGAACAACGGCGAGGGAACGACCACCGAGGCGCAGCUCGAGAAGAACGGUUCGAACAUGGGCUCGAAUUUGAGCCGGCACAACGGCAAGGGCCUUACGGGGCGGAGGACCCAGUCCUCCGGCAAUUUGUGCGAUCCAAAAGGGAAGUUGAACAGUAUGGGGAAGAUAUUGGUCCCGUGUUCCAGCGCGCAGAGAGAGAGAUACAAAUUCUGUGGCUCGUUGCCCAAUCAUCUGGACGACAAGGACGCGUUGGACGACGAUCCGAAGGAAAAUAAUAACGUAAUGACGGAUACGAUCAGUGGGAAUCUUGGCGGAACAUUGCCGCACAAGAAACGAUCGUUGGGCGUGCAUUUCUCAGACGGAGGGCCAACCGGUACUCUGGACCUCGUGAAACAUCGAUCCCAAGAUUCUUUGGAUGAAAACGAUCCUUGGAGGUAUCAGCAAAGCGAUCUCGAUCUGGUGCGAUGCCGUCACGGUAAUUUCGACUCGGUGAGAAGAAAUCGGAAUGCCGAGACGAUGUCCGGCGAUUCGGGGAGAAGGUAUGCGCGAGGCACGUCCCUGGAGGACAGAUGUCACCGAAAUUCGGAGCUCGAUCUGGUGGGCACGCUGCCGAAACGGAAGCAGGACACCAGAAACGGUGGGGGGAAGGGUGGGACGAACGUGGAAACGAACUCUUCGUCCUCCCAACCGUGCGUCCCAGACGCGGCCGACAACGAUCUACUGAUGCAGAUCGUGCACAAGCCCGAUUGCGAGUUGGUCAGGCAUCGGCAACAGCUCGGCAAGUGCAUCGAUUUGAAGUUGAGCAAACUGGCCGGCGGGGAACCGCAGGAUCAAGGUUACGCCUCGGAACGGUCCCCGGAGGACGAGCAUCCGCCCUCUUUGCCGGGCCAACCCUUCCCAAAUAUCACGCCUGAGAGCACGUUCCGAGUGACAUUGCAGAAAAGCAGCCGAGGACUUGGCUUAAGCGUUUCCGGCGGUGGGACAGCCGGCCCUGUUAGGGUAAAAAGACUGUUUCCUCAACAACCUGCAGCCUUAUCCAACAAACUUCAACCUGGCGAUAUACUUUUGGCUGCCAACGGAAUUCCUUUAACCGGUCUCACUAACUAUGAGGCCCUCGAAGUUCUACGAACGACACCCAGUACUGUCGAGUUAGUGGUGUCCCGACUUCCGGGUGAUAUGAGUGUCACACCACCGGGUGCACCACCACCACCCCCAGCAAGGCGUGAACCACCACCACCAUUGCGAAUACUCAAUCCUCUGCCACCCCUUCAAAUCGAACCCUGCGGCGAAUUCGACAUAGAAAUGACAAAGGUCGGUGGCAGUCUGGGCUUCACUCUGAGGAAGGCGGAUAGCAGCGCGCUCGGCCAUUACGUGAGGGCAUUAGUACGUGAGCCAGCGUUGAGCGACGGACGAAUUCGACCCGGGGACAAAAUAGUCGCCGUGGACGGUGCACCGUUGUCGCCCAUGAGCCACGAAGAGGCUGUCCAACUGCUGCGACAAUGUGGACCGACCGUGAGAUUACGAUUGUACAGGGAUCUCGCGCAAACUCCUGUCUCCGCUCUUUCUCCGACCGAGCCCGAUCAUCCACUCCGUCCACCACGUACCAGUUUGAGACAAGAGGCUGUAGAUAUGCUGUGCGAUCUGGCGGUUCGAAAAUUGUCACCCGGUACAUCGAGCGGAUCUAGUUGCAAACAAUCAUCCGGAACAUCUUGCAACUCUCCGAGAAGACUACGUCGUCUUGCUACGCGUACUCCUACUGCCGAUGAAGAAACUGUGGAAAAGCAUCCGAGCGUGCACACGACAUCGACGGCCAGCCAGGCGGAGACAUCCGAUUCCGACCAGUGCUCGAUCAGGACUCAGAUAACGAAUUCCCAGCCAAACACACCUGGAACUGACAUAAUCGAUCCGCCACCCCUGUACGACGUCUGCGACUCGAGCGAUUCCUCCAAGACACCGGCCCGACCGAGUUUCCUCGACCUGUCCGCGCCCCAAGGGAAGCCCCAUUUUCAGUUCUGCAACCUGGACUCGGAUCUCGAUUAUCCCGGUGUCGGGGACGCGAUCAUCAUCGAGGACGAGCUACGUACGAGCACCACGUCCGACGGCGAUUACGAGAGGAUCGAGCCGUCGUCCGUGUUGUCCAGCAACGAGCACGACAACGAUCUACCCUCGGAACCGGCCUCGAUGCCACCGGUACUCUCCUCGACGAGCAGCUCGAGCAACGCAGCGUUCAGUUACAAGAAUCCCGCUUAUCAAAGCGCCAAUCCAGCCUGCGGCGCCGGCACAGAUACCUCUGUGACGAAAAACAAGGCCACCCACUCGAGCGACCAGGACAUACCAGGGAAAAUCUUAGGAGCAGAAGAUCCGGGUGGUAGCAAGGGUUUGUUGAAGUGGAAAGGCGUGAUGUUCGCCCCAGAUGAUGGAAUAGAUAAAACUAAAAAUGAAGAGGAGAAGACCGGGAAAGACACCACAGAUUCAGCUGCCCUUAAUAAAAAUCUUGAACAAGGAAUCGAGGUGUUCAUGGUAGAGCUGACACGUGGUUGGAAUAGUCGAUUAGGAUUCAGUUUGCAACCAGAAGGAAACCGUACAGUUAUAUCAGUGGUACACCCUGAUAGCGUUGCAGCUAAGGAUGGAAGAUUAAAACAAGGAGAUGUACUUAUGAUGGUAAAUGAUGAAAGUGUUGAGCACAUGACGACAGCUGAUAUAAUAGAUCUGUUACGCAAAAUAAGAGGUUCAAUAGGUAUUACAGUGAUGAGACGAAGCAAACGAGAAAACGUAACGUGACGUUAAUUAGGUUAAUUUGAUUAACAAAAAUGAAAAAAACUUUCACGUCCAUCACGGUAUCAUGUUUCUUUCAUUUUCAAAACUAAUAUCCAAUUUAUGAACGAAAUGUUACGAUAUAGGUCAAUUCUUCGUUCUUCAUUUUCAACAUAAAUUUUAUUAGCUUAUUAAAAGACAAUUUGUGCGUUAACUAUUUAUAAAUGGAAUCGAUAUGUUGAUCGAGUGCAAUAUACAUAUAUAAAUGUUGCUGUGAAUACAAUUGUAAAUAUAAUAUAUGAGAAUCGAAGUCUUAGACAUGAUUACUUUUUCAAAAAGAAUGCAAUUCAUGCGAUUAUCGCAUAAUUAAUCAAUGUAAUUGCAUUCGUUAUAACACUCCAUCUAAUACUUAAAUUUAAUUAUUGUAUAUUUCAAAAAUUAUAUUAUUUGUGUAGAU